AUGUCUCAGCCUUCUUUCCGUGGUAUCAUCGCCAAUAUCAACAGAGAUCAGCUCAUUGGCCCCACUGAUUCCCCCAGCAAUGACGCUCCAUACAUCACAAACUGCAGAACCCUGGCUUCGUAUAACUGGCUUGACAGAGUGAAGCCGACUAUGCUCGUGCCAGGGUCCCCACCGGCUUGGACUCCCCUCAAGAAGUCUAUAACGCUUUCGGAAGAUAGUGGGACGUAUUUCCGUGACAAGAAUGCGGCUCGUUUUGCAUCGUACCCACUUCAGCCUGCCAUGGAGGCAAUCAUCAAGCAAGAUCCUGGCUUUGACUUAGACUCCGUUGAUCUUGUGGCCUGUGGGAGCACUCUAGGUAAUCUUCUUUGUUUCGUGCGCGGUCUCGACGUGAAGUUCAGGAUCCUCGUGGAGGCAGUUGGCUCGACAGUCUUCUUUCUCCGUCGGGAUGGCUCUCCUACCGAUGUUAUCCCUGGAGUGCGUGGUUUCGGUCACACGUUUCCGGAGUCUUAUACCUCCUGGGAUAGGGCUGUGAAGGGCUCCGAAUCUCAUCAGCGCAUAGUUCAAUAUCGAUUUGGGGAUGUCGAAUGUGUGGUACGUUUCGAAGCAGACGGAUAUCUUCCCGACCGCUGUGAUGAACAGACAAGUGCUCCGGAUACUUCGGCAAAUGAUCAUUCUGCUCUUCCCUCGCUCUUACAGCAAACUACUGUCAGCUCCCAUGAGCCUGAAGAUACGACGUCACUUACAAUCCUCGAUGGAGGACACAGCAUACCUCAAGCGGCCAUCUUUGAUCUCAAAACGCGGUCCUUCAAGCGCAAAGAUGAUGACAUUCUGGCGGAGAUAGUACCUCGUCUCUGGGUCUCCCAGAUCCCAAAUUCCGUGCUUGCAUUCCACAGGUACGGCAAGUUCCACGAUAUCCGGAUUCAAGAUACCCGACCUGCCAUCCAGGCAUGGGAACAGAAGGAAUCAGAGACUCUUCGGCAAUUCCAUGGCCUUCUGGGGCAGCUCAUUGGUUUUGUUCACGGACAGCCGGACGGACGCUUUGAGAUUGUGCGAGAGGAGCGCGGAGAUUCUCUCGAGCUGAGGGAAGUCACGCCUAGAGUGAACCAUGUCAUCCCCGACGAACUGAAAGAGCAGUUGUUCGCCCGAUUUUAUGACGCUGUUGAAGAUACGGGGGACCUUUCAGACCGGUAUGCUGAAGAUGAGGAUGGUUCUCCGUCUUGUGAUAGCGAGUCAGAGAAAGAUUUUACGGCUUGUUCGGCGUCGUCAUGCGGGUACUGUGGCAGAUGCGGCUAUUGA